GUUUGGGGCGGUGCUGUUGCUGUUUCUCACUUAUCAUCUAUUUUCACCUUAUUUCGACAAACAUGAAGGCAGCAUUUAGCAAGAUAUUCGGCCGGAAGGAGACUAUCCCCCCCGAAUCUGAAAAUAUGGAUAUUUCUUCUCCUACCAUUGUCACACACAAUGUGCAUGUUACUUAUAAUGCCAAUACUCAGUCUUUUGAGGGCAUUCCUGAAGCCUGGAAAAAAAUGAUCGGAGGUGCUAUCACUGAAGAUGAAUUGGAGAGCAACCCAGCAGCUGCCAUAGCUGCAGUAAAGUUCUAUAAGUAUUCCAUACGACGGAAGGAGACGGAUGUCAAGUUGAUCCCGACUGAGGAAGUAAUCCAGGAAGAGUCUGAAGCUAUUGAACAUAUUUUUGAAACUGUUAAAGAAUCCAGUGAAAUAAUUGAGAACAAUACAUCGGCAGAUAAGGUACGAAUGAAGCAUUGCGGUAAAUUGACUGACGAACAGAUAAUGGGCCAUUUUAAGCAGAUUUGUUCCCCAAAGAACCCAGAAACAGUGUACGAGAGAGAUAAGGAGCUCGGUGCAGGAGCAUCUGGCACAGUGUUUAUAGCGCAGGAGAGGGCCAGUGGUCGCAAGGUGGCCGUCAAGGACAUUGAUCUGGACAAGCAGCCAAAGAAAGAACUCAUCCUCAAUGAAAUUCGAGUGAUGAAAGAAAUUCGGCAUGAAAAUCUGGUCAAUUUCCUCGAUGUAUUCCUCUUAAACAAUCACCUAUGGGUGGUGAUGGAGUUGCUUGACGGAGGACCACUGACAGACGUAGUGACGGAAACUGUAAUGAAGGAGUCACAAAUCGCUGCCGUGUGUCACCAUACUCUGCGAGGCAUCAGUUACCUUCAUCUAAAUGGAGUAAUUCAUCGAGAUAUCAAAUCAGACAACAUUCUUCUUGGGAAAGAUGGUUCUGUCAAGGUAACGGACUUUGGCUUCUGCGCGAACAUUUCUGGAGACGAGAAGCGUCAGACCAUGGUUGGUACGCCCUAUUGGAUGGCCCCUGAGGUUGUGAAUCGUAAACAUUAUGGCAAGAAGGUCGACAUAUGGUCGCUCGGUAUUAUGGCCAUUGAAAUGAUUGAAGGUGAACCACCUUACCUGAAAGAGACACCACUUCGAGCGUUGUAUCUCAUUGCUUGUAAUGGCAAACCUGAAGUCCCUUCAUGGACUAAAUUAACUCCUGAGUUCCAGGACUUCCUCAACCAGUGUCUUGAAGUAGAUGUGGAUAGACGAGCAUCAGCAGAAGAGCUCCUGGCCCACAAGUUCCUCACGAAGGCCGUCAGUACGACUACUCUCAAACCUCUCAUCGAAGCUGCUCAAAAAAUCCUCGGGAAGCGUAUCAGCCAUGCCACAUAGCUCUGUGUAUAUAUUAGUGGUUGUACUAAGCACUAGGACAACAUUCUCAUUCAUUACAUUCAGGUUUAUAAUAGAUUACGUGACAUUCACUUUAAAAAUCCCACGUCCAUGAAUCAAGUCUGUACUUCCUAUUGACAUUCUUAACUUGCUAGGCUUCUAUAAUUCCAAGGUUAUUCAGUUUUGUGCUGUAGAUAAAAAAAAUUCAUUAGGAGGCACUGAAGUCUCAUCUUCACAAGAUACAUAAUUACAAAUUCCGUUACUGUAUUUAAAAGGUGUGGACAAAAAAGUGCAGAAUGAGAUGAAAAUAAUUUUUUGUAUGUAAAUAGGUUGUUUUGGUGGUAUAUAUUCUUUGGUGGUAUAUAUUUCUCAAAUUUUGGGUCAUAUUCUUUCAUCUUUGAUGAGAAUUUUGCAGUUUUUUAUUGUUUUCAAAGAGGGUGCCAUGAUACUGGUAAAAUGUUCUUGAUCUAAGGAACUGGAGCAACCCUCCCCUGUUUACUACCCAUUAAUGACCCCUAUGGAUUUAGCAGUUAUCUGUAAUAAUAAUUCACAGAUACUUAUUGAACCUCUCUGUCUCUCCAAUUAUCUAGUUUUCCUUAUUAACAUUAUAUUCCUUCCUUGUGAUAAUCAGUUCACAUUUGAUAUAGGUGCAGUUCCAUGGGUGAUUGAAUGAGUGAUGGUGAAAGUGAUUCCUCUUUUUUGGAUCACCCUACCUUAGCAAGAGACAGCUGGUGUGUUAAAAAUAAUAAUUAUAUGCUGCCAGUGUGUCUCUGCCUUAUCAGGUCAUCUUAAGUAUCUUGUAUGCCAUAAUUGUAUCUCUGCCCUAUUGAGUCGUCUUAAGUAUCUUGUAUGCCAUAAUCGUAUCUCCCCUGGUUCUCUCUUAUUUAUAAGGAGUUAAAAUUAAAAUUUGAAUAUCGUUUAAAUAUACAUUCCACUUAAUUUUAAAACCUGGAUUUUUAAACCAUUUACAUCUCAUAUUUCUAGCAUUUAUUAACGUGUCUUCCUUCUUUGUGUCGCUUUGCCUUGGUGGGAGAUGAUCGUUGUUUUAAAAAAAAUUGUAGCAUUUAUAGCAAACAUAUUGCUCAAUAUAUAUAAGAUUUUGUUCAGGUGUUUAUCAUAUGUUCUUCAGACAUCUAACUUUUAUUAGUUUUUUUUUUUUUCCUUUCAGUAUUUUCUGAAGUCUGACCUUCACGGGUCAUUUUUUUCUCCUCUUGAAGUAUUUUCUGAAGUCUGACCUUGACCGGUCAUUUUUUUUCUCCUCUUGAAGUAUUUUCUGAAGUCUGACCUUGACCGGUCAUUUUUUUUCUCCUCUUGAAGUAUUUUCUGAAGUCUGACCUUGACCUGUCAUUUUUUUUCUCCUCUUGAAGCAUUUUCUGAAGUCUGACCUUGACCGGUCAUUUUUUUUCUCCUCUUGAUGUAUUUUCUGAAGUCUGACCUUGACCGGUCAUUUUUUUUCUCCUCUUGAAGUAUUUUCUGAAGUCUGACCGUGACCGGUCAUUUUUUUUCUCCUCUUGAAGUAUUUUCUGAAGUCUGACCUUCACGGGUCAUUUUUUUUCUCCUCUUGAAGUAUUUUCUGAAGUCUAACCUUGACCGGUCAUUUUUUUUCUCCUCUUGAAGUAUUUUCUGAAGUCUGACCUUCAUGGAUCAUUCCCCCCAUGAAGUAUUUUUUAAAUUUUGAUUUGGUGGAUAAUUUCCCCUCGUAAAAUGCUGUCUGAAAUUCUUUGAUAGUUUUAUUUCAUGAAGUAUUUUCUGGACUUUUACAUUAGAUUUUUAUCAUCAUGAACUAUUUUUUGAAGUUUAAAUUUGACAUUUAAUGUUACCUCAUGAAAUAUUUUCUGAAAGUCCACUUACGGUAGAUAAUUUUUUCGUAUUAUCCACCGAUUCAGGUCAGAUCUUAGAAUUUUCUUGUGUAUAAAUAUAAUUUUGAAAAGACCAAGCAGGCAGUACAAAGCUGUGACUGGAGAUUAUAACUGAAAUUUAACGAUGAAUUUAUUGAGAAUUUUGCUAAUUGCAUCGGGAAUUUUACUAAUUGUAUCGAGAAUUUUUCUAAUUGCGUUGAGAAUUUUACUAAUUUCAUUGAGAAAUUUAAUUUUUCACUCUGAUUAAAAUGUAUUGCUUAUUUUAGGUGUUCAAAAUUAUUUUGGGAUCCGAAGUAUUGUUUAUCAUCUGUAAGUCGAUUUUUUUUUAUCCAAAAAACAAGGCCAGUGUUGUAUUACUUUAAUUUACAAUCAAGGUGUAUAAAUUUUUCUUCGCAAAUUUAAAGGUCAGGAUUGGACCCUUAUUUCUCGUGAUAGGUGUAAAUUAUCUGUUGUCUAUCAAGCUAUCCCUUUCAGUUGGGCUCCUUGAUACUAGUGAAAAGCCUUUGAUGCAAGGAAUUGGAGUGAGGCUUGGUCAUGGACCGGGCCACGGGGGAUAUUGAUUCCUGGAACACCCUCCACAUUUCCCAGGUGUUAUAUGAUCUCUGCCGGUUGAACACUUCCCAUGAAUAAUAAUAGUCAUAAUAAUAAUCAUAAUAAUAAUACAGUGGACCCCCGGUUUACGAUAUUUUUUCAUUCCAGAAGUAUGUUCAGGUGCCAGUACUGACCGAAUUUGUUCCCUUAAGGAAUAUUGUGAAGUAGAUUAGUCCAUUUCAGACCCCCAAACAUACACGUACAAACGCACUUACAUAAAUACACUUACAUAAUUGGUCGCAUUGGGAGGUGAUCGUUAAGCAGGGGUCCACUGUAAUAGUAAUAUUUGUGAAUGGAUUCAGGGAAACUGGUUAACUGGACUCGAGUCCUGGAGGUGGGAAGUACAGUGUCUAUACUCUCAAGGAGAGGUGGUAAUAUGUUACAGUUUUACUUAACUGUAGUGUCAGUAUGCCUCUGACAGGACAGUGAUGGAGUGAGUGAUGGUGAAAGUGUUUCUUCUUUUUUAGGGUCACUCUGCCUCAGCGGAAAACGACCAUUGUGAUCAGUUAUGUCCAUCAUGGUGGACUUAAAAAAAAAUUACAGUAUUGAUUUCAGUAAGUUUUCCUAUUAUUGAAGUUAGUCGAAGUCAAAGAUUAAUUUCCACAUGAUACCCUCUUCAAGGGGGGCUCCUUGGCGUGGUGAAGAGGCUCUUGGUCUGAGGAAUUAGACCUAUCGGUCUUCUUCCUCAGACCGAACCUAAUUACCCCCCAAUCUCCCCUCCCCUAUCCCAUCCUCCCCAUCCUCCCCUUUUUCCUUUCCUCCUCCUCCUCCCCACUCCUCCCUUUUGCCCUUCCUCUUUUUGUCCUUUGGGAUUUCUCCCACAGGCGCGCUAGUUCCUAGGUAGGGGAAAGGACACCGGGGUCCAUCCCAUUCCGUGAGGUUUCUUGGCGGUGGCGUAGUUUGCCGUGGAAUCUGGAUUGCCUAGGGAUGUCCCGAUCCCUCUCCGGUAUCCCGGAGUAGCUUUGGGUGUCUUUUGGGCGACGGGU